UCCAGGCCCAAUAUUGGCCCAUUUACUUCCCAACGAGCUAGAGAAGAAAAAGCGCGCCAAGCGAGAGAGAGAAUUGCGUUGCGUGUACUUCCGAGUAUCAAUUGUACGGAACAGUUGGGAACCAGAACCAACGGGCACCACCACAACCCCAGAACAACAUCCAAAAUGCCGGAGCUACCGGAGGUGGAGGCGGCCCGGAGGGCCAUACAGGAAAACUGCCUUGGAAAGAAGAUCAAGAAGUCGGUCGUAGCUGACGACUCUAUUGUCAUCGAUGGCGUCUCCGCCUCAGACUUCGAGGCUGCGCUUUUGGGAAAGACUAUCGUCGCCGCUCACCGUAAGGGCAAGAACCUCUGGCUCCAGCUUGAUUCGCCUCCUUUCCCUUCCUUCCAAUUCGGAAUGGCGGGUGCUAUAUACAUAAAGGGAGUCGCUGUUACUAAAUAUAAGAGGUCUGCUGUGAAGGAAGAUGAUCAGUGGCCUUCCAAAUAUUCCAAGGUUUUCGUAGAACUAGAUGGUGGAAUGGAGUUCUCUUUCACUGACAAGAGGCGAUUCGCUAAAGUCCGAUUGCUGAAAGAUCCUGCGUCUGUGCCUCCAAUAUCUGAACUUGGUCCUGAUGCUCUCCUGGAGCCGAUGACGGAUGAUGAGUUAGUUGCAUCAUUGAGUAAGAAGAAGAAAGUUGCAAUCAAGGCUUUGUUGCUCAAUCAGAGUUUUAUUUCAGGUAUUGGGAAUUGGAUUGCAGAUGAGGUGCUAUACCAAGCAAGAAUUCAUCCAGAACAACCUGCUGCUACACUGUCCAGGGAAUGUUGUGCGACGUUGAACAAAUGCAUCAAGGAGGUUGUUCGUUAUGCGGUUCAAGUUGAUGCAGAGUCUAGCCGCUUUCCACUUGAAUGGUUGUUUCAUUAUCGAUGGGGCAAAAAGCCCGGAAAAGUUAAUGGUAAGGAACUGUUGAUGUUUGAGGUCAUUUUGACCAAUAAUUCAUUUUACAGGUUAUUGAAAAAGCAGUGGAAGUUGGAGCAGAUAGUAGUCAAUUUCCUAGUAAUUGGAUUUUUCACUCCCGUGAAAAGAAGCCUGGCGAGGCUUUUAUUGAUGGGAAUCAAAUUGAGUUUAUCACUUCUCGUGGCAGGACAACUGCUUUUGUACCUGAGUUACAAAAGGAAAUCGGAAAUCAUGCUGCAAAUAAAGUCAGUAAACAAAGAAAACAAAGUACUCGGGGCAAAGGAAACCGAGAUGGCAAUGCCGACAAUAAUGUAGAUGAACCAGAAGCUGAUGAAGAUAACAAUGCUGAAGCUACAAAAGGAAAGAAAGGGAGGAAGCCCCAGGGUCAAGUGAAGAAGAGUCCAGCGAAAAGAAAAUCUGAAGAAAGUGAUGAUGAAGAGAAUGAUAAUGGUGAUGAUGUCAAGGAGGAGGAGGAGGAGGAUAAUGCUAAAAACAAGAGAUCUAAGAAAGAAACAGAUGGUAAGCCAUCCAAGGCAGGAAAGUCAAGAAAGAAAAAGGUUCUAUCCAAUCAAAAGAGCAAGAAGAAAUCUAAGUAGGUAGCCCACUUAACAGCCAUGCCAGUCGUUUUCUGGAGAAUAUGAUGAGGAGAAAUGGGUGUACGGAUGUUUUUUUUCCCCUUCGUAUUUAGUUUCGUAGCUCUUUGCCAUGAAACUGGUACUCUGGUGUAUUUUGUACUCGAAUGAAAUCGAAAAGUAGGGGAAUGAAAUCCUAUUUUCUGGUCA